AUGACUGGCCCCGGCGCCACCGGCAUUACCUUGACACUGCGGUUGCCGGGCGGACGUGAGGAGGUGCUGAGCGUUCAGGAGGACGAUCUCGGCAGCAAAGUGUGGUCCUCACUGAAGACCCUGGCAGCCCUGCACCGCUUCAAGCUGCCCGAUGCGGCCAGCACUCCUUUAAGGCGCCCAGAUGGGCAAGAACUUCUUCUGGACGAGCCGCUGCACGCCCAGGGCCUGAGAGAUGGCUCCCGCCUGAUACUGGCAGAGCCCCCGCCCCCACCGCGGCGCUCACACGAGAAGGUCGUGGUGACUUCGGAGGACUUCGUAAGCCAACAGGAGGAGACGGGCAAGCGGCCAUCACUCACGGUGCCAGAGCCAACGACCUGGCCGAAGGAGGAAAGAGAAGAAGAGGCGAGACGCCUCAAGGACCUUGGGAACGCCAGCCUGAAAGAAGGCCGGUAUGCCGACGCGCGGGAUCUUUACUCGUCAGCAUUGAAAUGGCUUCCUCCUGGUGAGUCGGACUCCGAGCUUGCUGCUGCCCUCUUUGCGAACCGUUCCUUAGCACAGGUCAAGCUGCAGCGCUGGGAGGAAGCGAGGGCGGACUGUGAACAGUCGCUGCGGCUUGCACCGGGCAGUGCCAAGGUACAUUUCCGACUUGGUCUCGCCUGGCAGGGCCUCGGCGACCUCGGCGCUGCAGCUGCCAACUUCCGCGCAGCUUUGGACAAAGAGCCAGAUGACCGCGCGGCAAAGCAAGCCCUCGCUGCAGCCACAAAGGCGAGACCCAAGUCCAGCGAGGACAGCGCCCCCAGCAGGGAGAUAACUCGUGGCCUUCGCUGGCGUUUGGCACAUUCCCAACAGGGGUACCAGCUUCCAAGCCUGCAAGAGAUAUGGCGAGAUUUAGGCACGGGCACCUCCUCCUCUUCGCAGUCCCUUGGCGUCCUGGCCACCUCGGCCCUGCGCCACGCGUGGCGGCGGCAGCGCCCCGUGGUGGACUUCUAUCAGCGCGGCAUUGAAGCGGUGAUGCGUGCCAAGGGACCUGACUUGCAUGUAGUUGUCCUUGGGGUCGGCUCGCUGGCGGCUUGCAAGGCCGUCUCCGACGCCCAGGCCACGGUGGUCGAGCCUUCGCCAUUCCUGGCCGCGGCUGCGACUGAGCUGCUGGACCCACUGCUUCGGGGGUUCAGGUGUUGGCUCAACCCGUUCAAAGCUCCCCAUGGCGGCCCCUCAACCUAA